AUGGAAGCUGGAGGCAUGAAGAAGGUGGGUUUCAUCUGUGGCUACAGCCGCCGCUUCUGGCAGGGAGACACCUUCCACCGCAGCAACGAGAAGAUGCCUGGCCGUGUGGUUACGCUCCAGGAGGAUUAUGAUGCAUGCACAUGGGGUGUUGCCUAUGAAGUUCAUGGAGAGCAGAUUGCUGCAUCGCUCCAGUACUUGAACAUGCAAGAAGCAGUCCUGGGGGGCUAUGACACCAAACUAGUGAAGUUCCACCCCCAGGAUAAAGAGGCUGAUGAACCCAUCCUGGCCCUAGUUUACAUUGCUACACCCUAGAACCCUACCUACCUUGGCCCAGCAUCUGAAGAGGACAUUGCAGCUCAGAUCAUUGUCUCAAGUGGUCAUUCUGGACACAACAUAGAGUAUCUGCUGCGACUGGCAGACUUCAUGCGCUACUUUUGUCCCCAGGUGGAGGACGAACACUUGUUUUCCAUUGAGGAGGCCCGCUCCAUCCUGCCCUGUCUAUGCCAGGCUGAGGAGCCUUUAGUGGAGGUGUGAAUGAGACUCCUAUCUCAGAGGGUUGAAAGGGGAGACGUCUUCAUUUGAAAAUAUCAAAGACAUGAGGGGGAAGGAAAGCAAGGAAAAAAUACAUUGGUCUGGGGGAGACAUAAACAUGACAGUGAGGAAGUAGUUAGGGGCGAGGAAACUGCUACAAGCAUACUUGAGCUGCCACACUCACCACCUGUGGAAACCA